AUGGUAAUAGUGGAAAGAUCUUUUGAAGCUGCGUCAAAUUAUUGUAAAAGUGAAUAUUUUCAAAAGAAAGGUACAUAUCAAAAAUUAGAAGAAGAAUUUUAUAAAUUAGAUGAAAAUAGUAACAAAAUUAGAAAAAGAAUUGAAGGGGAUACUUUAACUGUUGGUCCAUUUGAAUAUG